AUGCAGAGGGAGAAGCAGUCGGUUCACCCGCAAUCCCAACCCCCGUAUUAUCUCUAUGGCACCAAAGCGCUGAAUAUGGCCUAUAUGAAUAUACACGCCCUUAACAAUGGGUUCAUAGGUGCACCACAUUUCCGGUCAAUGUGUAAACUCUUGGGUUAUCAGGGAAUUGCUGUCGUUAUCGAGGAAUUGUUGAAAAUUGUCAAAAGUCUUCUUCAGGGAACUAUUGCUCAAUACGUCAAGACUUUAAUGACAGUUAUGCCCAAAGUGUGCAAAUUACCGCUUUAUGACUACGGCUCGACUGGAGUACUGGAGUACUACCAAGCACAGCUCAGGGAUAUCAUACAAUACCCUGACGUCAAAACCGAAAUGUUUCAAAGCUUUCGAGAGAUUGGAAACGCAUUACUCUUUUGUUUACUCAUUGAACAGGCACUGUCUCAGGAGGAGGUGUGUGACCUCUUAGAGGCGGCGCCCUUUCAGAACAUUUUGCCGCGAAUUUACUGCAAAGACGGGGAAAAGCCGGAGACGAAACUGAAGCGAUUGGAAGCGAAGUACUCUCCCCUUCAAGUCGUGCCUAACAUUGAAAGACUCGGAACACCAAAACAAGCGUCGAUCGCACGGGAGGGCGACCUCUUGACCAAAGAGCGGCUUUGUUGCGGUCUUUCCAUAUUCGAGACGAUAUUACAGCGAAUUCGUGGCUUUAUGUUGGAGAGUGAGGAACAGGCGUCCAUUUGGAUCGGUCCCAAUCGGAUGCCACCGCCCAAUGGUGUCAUAUAUGUGGACGAGUGCUUUGAGUUUCACCGGUUGUGGUCAGCCCUUCAGUUUAUUUACUGCAUUCCCGUCGGCGACGGAGAGUUCACUAUAGAGGAGCUGUUCGGUGAGGGCCUGAACUGGUCGGGCGCUACGAUGAUUGCGCUGUUGGGUCAACACAAACGCUUCGAGGCUCUCGACUUCAGUUACCAUUUGCUGAAAGUGCAGAGAGUGGACGGCAGGGACGAGCUCGUCAGAGGCAUUCCAUUGAAGCGAAUGGUAGACCGGAUCCGACGCUUCCAAGUCCUGAAUUCGCAGAUAUUUUCCAUUUUAAGUAAAUUCCUGACGAACGCCAACGGAGACGCCAAUACUGUCGAACACGUCAAGUGCUUCCAACCACCCAUACAUCCCGCUAUGGCUACAGCACAGGCAAAUUCUGCGCCCAUUUACAUGAGAGCUGCGAUUCUACUGCAACAACAGCAACGACUCAAGGAAUAACAUAACACCUACUGUUCCGCAGGUUUUGCGCUUUCAAAGCUGAGUUUCGCAUAAUAUUAAUAUAUUUUCAUUUUUAUUAUUUAAUCUUUUGUUGAUUUUCCC